UUGUGUAUUUCCUUACAUAUAGUUUAAGUUAUCUUUGUACACAAUGGAUUUGGAGUACGCUUAUACGAAGAAGAGAAUGCAUUUCGGGAAGAGAUGCAAUUUCUCUGACUUCGACAAAACAGAAGUGGAAAUCAAAUCGAAUCCAGCGUUGAUGAGUAAUUAUGUUAGAAUGGAUCCCGUGACACACGCUACGCAAUGCAGUAAAGUCUUUGCAGUUCACGAGGUAAAUACAACUACUGCAACGUAUAGGGAUAAUAAAAUGUUUCAUUAUGAGGGUGGCUGGCCGAAGGACAUAAAUAUGAAGGAUUUAGAACAGACAGUCAGAUAUAGACGUAAGAUCGAAAAAGAUGAAUUGUAUAUUCAUACAAUGCUUCAGCUGCUACCUUCGAUGGAGCACUGUAUUUUGCAAAACAACGCUUGCAACAUUUACGAAGAAUACUUCGUUGAUGUGGAGGCGAUCCCGCUAAUACAAAGAGCUUUCUCGCGCACGGUGAACGUUUACCGUGAUCCUUUAACGAUGAAACGGCAGAUUACUCAUUUGUCGUGGUCGCCAGAUCAAGGUAAUCGUUUUGCGGCUAGUUAUUGCAACGUUGAUUUCAAAAAAACUUUUAGCAGCAAUUACACGUCGUACAUCUGGGAAGUAGAGAAUCCAAAUAAUCCUUACAUAACGUUAAAACCUUUUUGUCCGAUUCUGACGUUGGAGUACAGCCCUAAGGAUAGCAACACCUUGAUAGGUGGUCUGAUAACUGGACAGGUGGGUUGUUGGGACCUUAGAAGAGGUCCAGAAAUAAUAGACAUCAGUUCGGUUGAGUUUAGCCAUAGAGAUCCCUGUGAUAAAACCCUAUGGAUUAAUUCCAAGACUGGUACCGAAUUUUUUAGCGCCUCGAAAGACGGACAGAUAAAGUGGUGGGAUACCAGAAAGUUGCAAGUUCCAACAGAAACUUUAGUAAUAGAUUUAUCGAAGCUAGAAAAUCAAAACGUGGACAAAGCUACCGGUAUCUCGGCUCUUCAAUUCGAACCUUCUAUGGGAACGCGUUUCAUGUGUGGCUUGGAAAACGGUAUUGUAAUAUCAGGAAAUCGUAAAGGUAAAACGCCCGCUAAAAAGAUUGCAACUAGAUUUAGAGCCCAGUAUGGACCGGUUAUAAGUCUGGAAAGAAACCCAACGUUCGUAAAAAACUUUUUGACAGUCGGCGAUUGGACUUCGAGAAUUUGGUCAGAAGAUUGUAGAGAAUCCUGCAUAGCAUGGACACCCGGUCAUCGAGACUUUUUAACGGGUGGUGCAUGGAGUACUACGCGUUAUUCUGUGUAUUAUUUGAUCAAAGUUGAUGGAACUUUAGAUGUGUGGGAUUUUUUGAUUCAGGAGGACAGCCCGGUUCUUAGCAUAAAGGUCUGCGACGAAAGUUUGACCUGUUUACGACCGCAUGAGCAGGGUCAACUGGCUGCAGUAGCGAAUAAAAAGGGCUCGACUUAUCUGCUCGAAUUUUCGGAGGCUUUAACGGUCAAUCAAAAGAACGAUAAACUGCUAUUAACCGCGCUUUUCGAUCGUGAAACGCGUCGUGAGAAGGUAAUAGAAGCAAAAAAUAGGGAACAACGAUUGAAAAUGAGGACUUUGAAGAUGCAUGGCGAGUCAGAUUUUACCGAUGCUUCCUUGAAAGCAGAUGAACGGGAAGAGUCUAAGGAAUCUUCUGCCGGUUUGAAAAACGCACUGAUAGUGCAAUGCGAACAGGAAUACGAAAAUAUAAUUAAUGCGGAAUUAACGCGACAAGCGGAAGCAAAUACCGUUGAAUUGAAUAACAAUGUGAUGCAGAACGGUGCGAUUAUAAAUUAA